AUGAGACAGGUCUAUCAAUGCAGCGGCACAACACAGAAGGGGGAACGUUGUAAACGAACUGUCAAGGUUGAACAUGGCUUUUGUUCGUAUCAUGUAUCUCAAACCGGCACAUUAUCCAAACACAAUCAGUAUCGAGGACAUCGAAUGGCGACUUCAAAUAACGAGAAACUGACUUCUGGAGAUAGACCACACGUGGUAAAGAAAGAAAGAACUCCAUUGCAUCAGCAAUAUACCAUGCCGGGUCAAUUUGAGAGUCUUCGAUCGAAAAAAAGUGACACACCAUCUGUCCAACCCCAUCGGUACAGUGGCAGACCAACGAAAUCAACACGUCCACGAAUAGGCGACUACGACACAUUUGCUGACAACAAGCCCUCCAUUGCAACUUCAAAAGGAAAGGGGUAUAUUUACAUCUACACCAUGCAAAAUUUCCUUCAUCCACCCAAAGGAUGGACAUUCAAGGUCAAGAAUAUCCCCAAUACAUCAAGUCGAAAAAAGGACCAAUGGGUCAAGUUCAAAAGCCAAAGUUCACCAUUCAUCUUGAUCAAAGUGGGCAUGACUACCCAGCUCCCAAACGUCCGCAUCAAGCAAUGGGAGAAUCAAUGCAAGCACGAACUUGUCAAUAUAGGACCGCAAAAUGAACACUUGAUAAAAACUCGACUACACUGGUGGCAAAAGUUUUUCUGUUUGAGCAUUAAUGAUGAUGGCGAUGAUUCCAAAGUGCGGGUGAGUCGGUUCAAGAAGGACGGGUUUUAUUGUGAGGAAAAUGUCCGCGUUGUGGAAAGUAUGAUUCAUCAACAAUUGAAGAAAAAGUAUGGUAAGGGCGAUGUUUACUGCAGCGGAUGUGUAGCCGAGGAUGCACUAACUAAGAAUAAGAAUAAGGUAAAAGUGCCAUUGCAAAAUAACUACAACGUGCAUGUGGAGUGGUUCUUGAUACCAAAGCAAGACUUGAGAGACGUGUACCGAAUCAUUGAUCAAACGUGUAGAUCUAUAGGAUGA